CGCACUAAGUCUAAGAAGAAAAAUAUUGAUGGCAGAAACGCACGUUAACUUCCUCGCUGGCUCUCCACUGAACCGACUCUCCUGGUUACGCACCUCCACACCAUUCCUUAAUGCUAUCCUCGCACGUCCCGAGACUCGUUGGGUGUUAUUUAAGAAUGGAGAACCACUCGUUCGUGUGGAUAAGGAGAAGAACAAGAAUGAGCUGGCGACUUUACGCACGAUAGACCUCUUAACUUUGCUUCGUCCGUUACCUAUCUUCGGACAAGGGAAGGAGCCAGGAGAAGCUGCACAGCUUCUGGAUGGUGAUGACAAGCCUAUAUCUCAUGUGGAGGCUGCUCGGUUGCAUGGACUUGGAAUUGUGUUUCUUGGCUUGCACGAACCGGAAGGCGCACAGGUCGAAGGAAGCAAGGCAUUGCCUUCACAAGAUUUCGCGAAGACAGAUCCGCAUGUAGCUGUGUCGAAUGUUUCUGGGACAGCGUACUUCGGUAUGGAUGUAUCCAGUACGGAAGAGAAUGCUUUGGGCGAUAUCUUGAAGGACGUAUCUGACGAUGUUCCAGAAUCAGACGUAGACGGAGAACUAGCGAAAUUCAAGCAGUGGACGGAUAGACUACAAAGCAUAUAUCUGGGGAAACAAUCUCCUAGUGCUGAGGAUGCACAAAGCAUCAACGCUCUCUUCAGUGAAAUCGAAAUACAUAGUAAUACUUCUCCAGAGAAACUCCAGUCCUCUGGACUCCGAAAGAUCAUAGCUUACAUUGCACAUCUCGACAAUGCACCAGAAUCGGACACGAAUAUAUCCGACCUCAAAUCCCGUGCAUUGGCUCUUACUGAAAAGCUGUUACCUCCGGAGGUGGAACAUAACCAGGACAAAUCAUCUACCGCCCCAUACGAAUUCAUGGAACCAAGAGCGGCUGCAAUGAGCUUCACCGCGUUCGACGCUGCUAUUCUCGCGGAAGCAAGGAGUAUGACAGAUUGGAAUUCUCGUAACAAGUUCUGUCCCGGCUGCGGUUCUCCGACCUACUCGCUAUGGGCGGGUUGGAAACGCGCGUGCUCCACAUUGCUACCUUGGGCGGAUACAACCGGGAAGAAAUCUUGUCCUUCAGCUAUUGGUCUGAACAACUUCUCGCAUCCUCGUACAGAUGGAGUAGUCAUUAUGGCUAUUAUCGACGAGUCAGGAGACAAAAUACUCCUUGGGAAAAACAAAAGAUUUCCACAUGGUAGAUUCUACUCAAUCCUCGCAGGUUUCAUCGAACCCGGCGAAUCCUUCGAAGACGCAGUCAAGCGAGAGAUAUGGGAAGAGGCUGGUGUACGUGUAUGGGGAGUUAAAUAUCAUUCGAGUCAACCUUGGCCAUUCCCUGCGAACUUAAUGGUCGGGUUCUAUGCAUUCGCAGAUUCGUCUCAGCCAGUUCGUGUAGAUUUGGAUAACGAGCUCAUCGAAGCACGCUGGUUCACCCGAGACGAAGUCCAAUCCGUCCUCGCACACAACCAAGGCUCAAUAAUAACCCGACAAGAACACAAAGUCUUUGAUAAUCAGGACUCUGGCAAUAAGACUACGGACCAACAAACCACCGAGGCUAUCAAACAACCUACCACUGAGACUGCCAAACAACAAGAAGCACCGGCGUUUAGAGUCCCACCCUCGACGGCUAUUGCAGGUGUGUUGAUUCGGGAUUGGGCGAACGGGAGGAUUGGAGCGGGUGGAUCGGGUGGGUUGAGGAAAGGGAAUUUGUAGAUUAAAUUUCUUUUUCUGUGGUAGAUAGAUAAGACGAA